GCGCUAAUCCUAUAAAUACAGAGCACCUUGAGGACCUAAUCAUCAAACGGCAGACCAUAGAGAUAUUCAAGAUAUACCUGUUCUCCUGAAGAUCAUCUGAACCAUCCUACCAAUCACCAUGGCUAAGGCUCUAUUCUUCGUCCUGGCUUGCGCCCUCAUCGUUGCCGUCAUCGCCGACUACGAGUUCGACGACGACACCCUUGAGUUCUUUGAGACCGAGAAGAGGGGUAUGGGAAGGAAGCUCAAGAAGUACAAGACCUGUCAGCAAUUCGGUAUGCAAUGCUGGUGCAGCAGACGUACUAACAGCGUUGUCUUCUGCAGUGGAGCUGGAAAUGGAGAUGGCAUCUAAAUUUUAGUCUAGCAGCAGAUAACCCCAUCAACAAAUCAGAAUGAAAUGACAUUUGGACCGUCCCGACGCGCUCUAUCUUCUCUCCUUAAUUCUUGUGUUUUAUCGCAUUGGUACCAUAUUCGAUGAUAUUGUAAUAAAAAUUGUUUAAACAAACAACAA